UAUUGAUACAAUAUUAGACCAAUAUUGCUAAAUAAACAUAUUGACUAAAUAAGAAAAGACAUCCAUCUUAUGAUAUUGGACCGAUAUUGGGAAUAGAUUUUCAUUAUUUCCCAAUGUUGCGCCAUAUAUUGUGCUACUAGGGAUGUGUGUUUGGUUUAUUUUAUUACAUAUUUAAAGUUAAAACUAACAGAGAUAAUAUUUAUUAGGUACCAGCGUAUCAAGAGGAUUCCUGAUCUACAGAACGGUUUCGGCUAGUCGACAAUCAUGCAAUUGUCCGAUGUCUUUCUCCUGUUCUUGCUGCCAAAGCGUGAUGAUUCUUUAUACUAGGAAACAGAAAGAUCUAUGCGUCAACUUCACGUAUCAGAGGAACGGACUAAACAUAGAUCUCACGCUGAGUUCGGAUACAAUCAGCACCAGAACAGUCGCGAGUUUCAAGCCAUUCCAAUUUUGCGUGUACGUUCCCGGUUGUCUCUUCUCGACCGCGUGUGUCAAUAUUUUGGAGCUCAACCGAUUUCCUAGGUCGAUUACGGCUUGCCUCCGCCUCGACAUUUACGCCAAGAAACAACUCUGGCAGAUCAGUUACGAUUGCAUAAGCGUAUCAAUAGAGUUGCCGAUGAUGUCGACUAACAACACGAUGAGAAUGACGGAUGCGACGAUCGAGGAAACAUCCGCGGCAGAAAGCAGACUGUCGUCGACGACAGACUCAAUGACACAAGUGGCAACGAGCGAGAUGGCGAUUGUGCAAACGUCGGAAAACGCAGGAUCAAGCGGAAGGUCGGAAGAAGCGGAGGAUAUCACCGAGACGUUUGAAAUAAUUUCUGAAGAAAUAAUGCCGAUCAAAUGACGAUUAUUGCAGAAACGGCGAAUACUGAAGUAAUUAAUUACAAAUAACGACGUUGCUUCAAUAUUUUACGCUACUUAUUUCAUUAUUAUUAGAUAUUAAUAUGUAAUAUAAAUUAUGAAGAAUUGAUUUUAUCGUUAUUUAAUAAUGAUUUUAUUACUGAACAAAAUUAUUUGUUAAC